UCUCGCGAGAGUUGUCCACUACAGACAUGGAGACGCGAGCUGACUGAAUUUUUAGUUUCCAUUGCUGGGAGAGGACAGCAUCGUCCUGCAGGAAGCACACUUGCUGUGCGCUCAGAAGCUUUUAAAAAGAGGUUUUUAUAAACGGCGAUAUUGUGCGUGUUGUGCGGGUUAAAGCUCCAGAAGAGGCGCUUUGAGGUGAGCAUGGGCGGCGUUCUUCCGCCUGUGUGCGACUGAGUCCAGAGGAAAGAAACCGCUUCCAUAUGGGGGGAGAGAGAGCUCGGGGGCUCCGUGCAGACUCAGGAAAUAAGUGGACUGCAUUCAUGAAUCCGUCUUCAUUUCAGCUCCGUUAAUAUCCGAUUAAAGCAAACGAUUUGUGUUCAUUCUCCACUCCGCUUUCUGGAAAUGUCACCGGGAUGCAUCCGGAUCUAGGAAGCCCAUGAGCCCGGGCAGCGAUCCUCUCCUGGGCUGGAGAAGGGCCAGCAGGUCGAGCCAGGCUCGGCUGCUGGAGAACUAAUGAAAGGGAAUACUUUGAGGGAACAUCUCGCCUAUCUCGCCGCCUGGGAUCAAACACGAUGUGCGGACAGAUCGUGGAUCAAACUGAGCCCAUCACCGUCACCGCGAGUUCCUUAACGCAGGCUGGGAUGAUGGGACACCAGAUACGGGUUUAGGUCGCUGACUCCUAAAUGUCCCGCCUCCCUCUAGGUGAGAGAGAGAGGCACAGAAACACUCAGACCUCCACCUGUGUCCACCGACAUGGAUAAACUCACCGUGAUAUCAGGAUGCCUCUUCCUCGCUGCAGACAUCUUCGCCAUCGCCAGCAUCGCCAACCCGGACUGGAUCAGCACUGGGGAUUCAGCUGGCUCUCUGACUGUGGGUCUGGUUCGGCAGUGCCAGAUCAUCCACGGCCGGGACAGGAUCUGCAUCCCCCCGCAGCUGCCUCCGGAGUGGAUCACCACACUCUUCUUCAUCAUCCUGGGUAUCAUCUCCCUCACGGUCACCUGUGGUCUGCUGGUGAUGUCACGCUGGCGACGCGAGGCCGCCCGAUAUGCCCGAUGGAUCGCCUUCACAGGGAUGGUUCUCUUCUGUAUGGCUGCCCUCAUAUUCCCAAUCGGCUUCUACAUCAACGAGGUUGGAGGACAGCCAUAUAAGCUCCCCAACAACACAGUGGUGGGCUCCUCCUACGUACUCUUCGUUCUGUCCAUAUUUUUCACUAUAGUUGGACUGCUGUUUGCUGGCAAGGUAUGCUUGCCUGGCUGACAUAUUAUCCUCCUCUUUUUGUAUCUUUGGAGAAACACCACCAUUGGGGGAAACUUUUGUUAGAACUGACUCUUCUGUGGCAGUGUUGGAAAUACCAACGGAGCAGAAUAAAACUGAGAAUUGCCCGUUUGUGUUUUUCCUUUUGGAUGAAUUAUGGUUUAUCCGUCCAUCUGUUUAUUCAGAGGCACAGAGAGCUCUGAAAUGGCUCUCCUCCUCGUCCACCCUGAACGAUGAGUGCGAAGUGGUGAAAAGACAGAAGGAUAUUAAAAACCUUGAUGGAAAUGGGUUAAAAGCAUCAGGAUUUUCAAGGGAGCCCUGCAGUGUUUGCUCUUCUCAUCCCGCCAACCAAGAUGCACAUAUAGAGAUUAGACUGAUGUCAGGUCCGACACUGGCCAAAGCACCAAAUAUCGGCCAGUCACCUCCAAUAUGAUAGAGGGUCUUCCCUGACCACAGCUACAUGGAACAAUCUGUAAUAUAUACAAUGAAGUUUAACUUUCUUGGCACAUUUUAUUUAUUUGUUUAGUUGCUCUGUUAUGUUUUUUUGGAAAGGUAUUUUUUAUUAAAAGGCCUAAUGUAUCCCAGUUUCCCUGCCAUUAAUAUACUGUAUGUGGUAGAUCACUUUGCCUUAAAGAGCUGUUAACCUUAAAAUAACUACAAUAUUGUUGAGUUUCAUGGGAUCAAUUCUAACAUUUUGGAUUCAUGAGAUGAUUUAGCAUAAAAAUGUUAGAACUGGAAUGUAAAAUGUGUCCAAAAUGAUUGGUCUUAGUUGAUAUUCAGAAACUAGUCAGUUGAACUCUUCUCUAUAUAAUUAUGGGGGUGAGUUAUGUAAAGGAUCCUUGGGUGUGUUGCAGGAAGAUGAGCUGGUCUCUAUGAUGCUGUUGAGUUAAACCUUCAGUAUGAUGGAUCAGCUGUGAGCACCAGAGCUAGACUCACAUCAACAGCUCAAACCUGCUCUGGUCUCUGUUCCAAUUUGUUGUUUUUAGUGAUGUAGUGAAUGUAUUAUUUACCCUUCUGAGCAUUUCCUGUUGUUUAAACACUGUAUCAAGAAAUGACUGAAUUUCCGACUAGUUUGUUUUAUACAUUUGGGACGUUGAUGCCUACUUCAUUUCUGUAUUAAUGAACAGACACAGUCUGUCAUUUUCUAGAAGCACUGUGAUGUUUUUGAAUGAGCAUGGAGGGUCUCAUCUCAUUAAAAAUGACGCAUUGGAACACUGA